AUGUCUGAAUCCACUUCCACUCCUGCAAAUCCUUCAGGAUCAAAGAAUAAUGAGCGGUGUUAUCAUCAACCAAGUUCACCUGGUUCACGUCUGCAUCGCGACCUCUCUGCUGCUCUGCUGUCAUGGACUGUNNCUCUCAACCUGUUGGUCAUCAUCUCCAUCUCCCAUUUCAGGCAGCUCCACACCGCCACCAACUUCAUCCUCCUCUCUCUGGCUGUCUCAGACUUUCUUGUGGGCCUCGUGGUGAUGCCGGGUGAAAUCCUCUUGAUGGAGAGCUGCUGGUUCUUGGGUGACCUUAUGUGCGCUGUGUAUUACUUGUUACCCUUUAUCAUUAUCAGUGCCUCAACGGCAAGCAUGGUGCUCAUAUCAGUUGACCGCUAUGUGGCUAUCUGUUACCCUCUGCAUUACCCCACCAAAGUCACUCUAAAGAGAGUCCGAAUCUGUGUUUGUCUGUGUUGGAUCGGCUGUGUUUUUGUUAUCGUUUUCAUGGUAUAUGAUCACCUGAAACAACCAGGCAGGUAUAAUUCUUGCUAUGGAGAAUGUGUGGUUAACAUUGCAGGAGAUGUGGACCUUGUUUUAGGUUUUAUUAUUCCCAUAUCUGCCAUCAUAAUUUUGUAUUUGAGAGUGUUUGUGGUGGCAGUCUCUCAAGCUCGGGCCAUGCGCUCCCACAUCGCAGCCGUCACACUCAGGUCUUCACGGACUGUAACUGCUAAGAGGUCUGAGCUGAAAGCAGCCAGGACGCUUGGUAUUGUUGUGGCUGUGUUUCUCUUAUGUUACUGUCCAUAUUACUGUGUGUCUCUCACUGGGAAGGAAAUAUUGAUAGGCUCUACAGCUGAGGUCUUUAUGAUUUUUCUGAUGUAUUUUAACUCCUGUCUAAACCCUGUGAUCUAUGCCUUUUUCUACCCCUGGUUUAGAAAAACUGUUAGACUCAUUGUUACACUUCAGGUAAUGCAGCCUGGCUCCUGUGAGGCCAACAUACUGUAG